UCUUGGUAACUGGUAGUAUCAGGGUUACCAAAGCAAAAGCUUCACCCUAGUGUCUGCCCUGGGAAAAGCCUACAUACUUUGUUUUGAAGUUACAUUUAUUUAUCUAUAUAUACACUUAUUUUGUGGGGGUACGGACACAUGGUAUGACUCAUGUGGAGGUCAGAGGACAGCCUUCAGGAGGCUGUUCUCUCCUUCCACUGUGUGGGUCCCAGGGAUUGAACUCAGUCCCUCAGGUUUGGUGACAUCAAGUGCCUUAGCCUGCUGAUCCACCUCUCUGGUUCCCAUCCUUCAGCAGACAGCGCCUUCCACUGCUAAAUCUUUGGAAACCCGGGCUUAGAGGAGAGUAUUGCUUCAAACUGUCCCAAGAAGCAGAACCCACACCUUGGUGAUCUGCCGUCCGAUCUGCUUCUAUGUGCCCGACUUUAUCCUGAGCGAUCACAGGUUACCAGAGAGAGAAGCACUGGUCCUGAAGCUGCAGCUCAGUUGCUAGAGAGAUUAGCUAACACAAGGGAAUCCCUAGGUUUGAUCCCAGCACCACAUGAACUAGCUGUAGUGGGUCAUGCCUAUGAUCCUAGCAUUUGGAUGUUGAAGGCAGGAGACCAUAAAUUUAAGGUCAUCAUUGGCUACAUAGGGAGUUACAUAGCCUGGGCUACAUGAGAACCUAGAGAGAGGAGGGGUGCAAGAGAGAGAACACUAACAAACAUGAAUAAGAAUACCUGGUAGGUGACCAGGCCCUGGGGUGAGUCCCUGGGGAAUUCCGGGUCUGGCUCAGUCGGGGCUUCCCCAGCCUGGCCUGGGACCUGCCUGAGGACCAGUCCCUAGCCUGGUGGGCCUCUUAGUUGUAAAGCUGGUUUGAGGGUGGGAGGCAAGGAAGGUAGCAAUUUCCAUAGAACCCAGCCUUGCGGAACCCGCCCCACCUGAUGCCAGAAUAAAAGGGAGCCGCAUCUGGCCUGGGAUCCCAGCGUUUAGGAGGAAGCAGGAGGUUAAAAAAAGAUCCAGGCCAGCCUAGGCUAUGUUAAGAGGUUCAAGGACAGCCUGGAAGAGGAGGAAGUGAGGAGAGACAGGACCAUUCAGCAGGCCUCCGAUGUCAGCACCCAGAGGAGAGGACAGAUCCCACACUACCAACCCAGAAUGUGGAUGUGAAAAGUUCCCCUCAAGGCCCACAUGUUGGAGGCUGGGCGCCCAGCGCGUGGUGCUUUAAGACAAGUGGGCUAGUGGGCGGAAGUCACUGAGACAGACCGCCUUUCCUCUCUCUCUCCGUUCUUCCCUCUCAGCUUCUGUAAGGUAAGCAGCUUCCUCCGCCAUACAUUGCUCUCUCCUCACAGGCGCAGAGCAGUCAGGUUGAUGCACUAAGGAUUACAGCUGCGGAAUCUCACCCCUGAGGUUCUCUGCUGGGCCUCUGCCCUGGAACCGGACCCCACAACGAUGAAGGCUGGGGGUGUCCUCUGGAUCCUGCUUCAACUGCUGCUGUGGCCACAGCCAGGGACAGCCGCCUCCUCACCCCCGGUCAUGGACUCCGUCAUCCAGGCCCUUGAGGAGCUUGAGCAAAAGGUGCUGGUGACGGAGGCCAGCAGCACUGCCUCCGCAUGGAUUCUGUCAGCCAGGAGCUCCAGCCCCCACAAUUCUCUUCACCAGCACUUGCUGCGGAAGGCACCGAGCCACAACACUAUGGAGACAGAUCUCCACUCACUGAGCCCAGAGCUUCAAGCCCUGAUUUCCGAGGUGGCCCAGCAUGACAUACAAGAUGGGCAGGAAUACGGCGUGGUGCUGGCACCAGAUGGCUCCGCGGUAGCUGUGGAGCCUCUGCUGGUUGGGCUAGAGGCCGGCUUACAGGCGCACAGUGCUGCCAACUCACCUUUAGAGUGCCUGGCCAUGCCGUGUGAUGCUAGCGACACCUUGACAAACACUGGAGCCGUCUGGCCAGGACUCAUGGAUGCCUCCACAAGUGCCUCUUUUACAGAUGGUGGAGCCACUUUACCAAAUGGCAAAGCCAAGACCCCCACUACUGUGGACAGACUCCUGGCGGUCACCUUGGGCAGAGACUUAGGUCUGACGUUCCUCAACAGUUCCCAGGCUCGGAGUCCUCCAGGCCUGGGAACCGAGGGCUGCUGGAACCAGCUCUCUGCCGGCAGGGUCUUCACCCUGCUGGACCCCAAGGCAUCCAGGCUCACCGUGGCUUUCCUCAAUGGGGCCUUGGACGGAGCUCUGCUUGGGGACCACUUGAGCCGGGCCUCUAAGCCCCGGCCACGCCUCAGCUGCCUGCUGAAAGAGUACUAUGGAGCUGGGGUGGCUGGAGAUCCGAAGUUCCGAAGUAACUUCCGAAGGCAGAACGUGGCUGCUUUGACCUCAGUUCCUACCCUGGCCCAGCAGGUAUGGGAGGCCCUUGUCCUGCUACAGAGGCUGGAGCCAGGACAUCCCCAGUUGCAGAACAAGAGCCAAGAAGAGCUGGCUCAGGGAGCCACCUUUGCUACCAAGGAGUUCACUGAGACUUUCCUGGGAUGCCCAGCCAUUCUCCCUCGCUGUCGCUGGGGAGCCGCGCCCUAUCGAGGCAACCCGACGCCACUCCGGCUGCCGCUCGGAUUCUUAUAUGUGCAUCAUACGUACGUGCCAGCGCCACCUUGCACCACCUUCCAGCGCUGCGCCGCCAACAUGCGCUCCAUGCAGCGAUUCCACCAGAAUGAGCGCCACUGGAAUGACAUCGGCUACAGUUUCGUGGUGGGCUCCGAUGGCUAUGUGUACGAGGGCCGCGGCUGGCACUGGGUGGGCGCCCAUACGCGCGGCCACAAUUCCCGCGGCUUCGGCGUGGCCUUCGUGGGCAACUAUACUGGGUCACUACCCAGCGACACGGCGCUGAACACGGUGCGCGACGUGCUCCCGAGCUGCGCCAUUCGUGCAGGCCACUUGCAGCCAGACUACAAGCUGCUCGGCCACCGUCAACUAGUGCGCAGCGACUGUCCCGGGGACGCGCUCUUCAACCUGCUGCGCACCUGGCCUCACUUCGUAGAGGCUGAAAAUUAAGAACUCCUCCGAGGGAGCCUUGGAGAUCCAGGAGAUGCUACCCCAGAUGAUGCUCCGAGCAGCCCCUGACCUCCAAUAAAGGAACCUCUGAAAAGAAA